AUGCAUUUCACGAGCGUUUUCAUCUUUGCAUCCGUCGUUCUGGGACUCGCCGCACCAGAUCCGUCACCUGCUCCAGAUGCUGAGGCUGUUGCCCAAGUCUUCGAGAGACAAGCAAGCAGUAUGAGCACUUUGAGCACUAUUUCGAUCGAGAUGGGAAGCAAAGGUUCCGCAACUGCUACUAUGCCUGACAUGCCUGCGGGUUCAACAAUGACAAUGUCAACGGGCAUGUCAAGCAUGAUGACAUCUACGAAUGAAAUGAGCAAGAUGAGCACCAUGAGCACCAUGAAAGAAACCAGCAGCAUGAGCGGAAUGACAAUGAGUGUGGCCACCUCCAGUUCUAAGAGUUCAACAGCCUCUGCUGGUGCAUCGAUGUCGACAGGAGGUGCUGUAGAGAUGAGAGGGAACUUCCGUGGGAUUGCGGCAGGAGUUGCCGUUGGUGGACUCAUGCUGGGCAUGUUGUGAUUUUUUUUGAAUGUGUAUGUAGAAUUCCUACAGUAGAAGAUGAACUAAAGG